AUGGAACAGUUUAUGGAUUUUCUAAUGCAACGGGCAGCUCAACAACAAGCACCGGCGCCUCAGACUCAACAACAAAAGGCUGUGAUAGAUAAGAAUUAUGAAAGAGUUAGGAAACAACGUGCUAAUGUUUUUCAAGGUACUACUGAUCCUGCUGAGGCUGAGGAAUGGUUACAAAAUACAGAAAGGGAAACAGUUUUAAGAAGCAAAGAUAGACCAAUUACUUUGACUUGGAAUGAUUUCUUAAGAGAAUUUGCUGAGAAGUAUACUCCAGAAAUUUAUAGAGACAGAAAGAAGCUUGAAUUUCUUCAGUUGAAACAGAAUGAUAUGUCAGUUACAGAGUACGAAGUUCAAUUUGUGAGAUUAUGUAAGUAUGCACUAGAAGAAAUAGCCACUGAAGAACUGAAAAGGAAGAAAUUUGAGAUGGUUUUGAGGCUUCACAUUCGAGACAUACUGGAGAAUGUUGGGGACCUAGACCAGUAG